GGCCUGAAUAAAGAUCAAAAAGUCGUCCAAAAUAUUGUAGACGGUAUGAAAAAGGAAGAAGAUUAUCACAGAUCGUUACCAAAGAUAAGUUUAAUAAACAUAUUGCGACGUAGAUCCUGGCGAAAAGCGUUUACUAUCUCAAUGUUUACUUUUACCUUCUUUGAAUUAAACGGCGCCCUUAUUAUAGUUACAUAUGCUUCAACAAUAUUAAGUUCUACAGGAGUAGAAUUUAACAUACGACCAAAAAUACAAGCAUUGAGUUUUCCCAUAGUGAUGAUAAUAGGUUCUCUUAUGGUAGCUACUUGCGUUGAGAGAAUUGGUAGAAAGCCACUUCUGAUUAUGGCAUUCUUAGUCAGCUCUUGCACCAUGUUUUGCAUAGGAAUAAUGAUGUUAAUACAAAUAAAGGAAAACUCUGUACCAGUUUGGCUUCCUGUGGUUGUCAUGAUGUUAUGCGUUUUCAUGUACAGUGGUGGAGUUAUGCCGCUAUCAUAUAUCAUCAUGACAGAGAUGUUUAGUUUCCAGAUCCGUGCAAAACUUAUGGGUAUUGUAGUGACCUACGCUUGGUUGCUAACUUUUUUGUUGUACAACAUACAUGCAUUAUUAUCAAACAACCUUGGCCAAUAUUCUGCGUUUAUGUUUUAUGGCAUAGUAAAUCUUGCUGGUGCCAUAUUCACAUCAAUAUACAUUCCAGAAACGAAAGGAAAGACUGAAGAACAAAUUUUAAAAAUUAUAACAAAAGCCAAAACCAAGGAACCUGAUUUCCAAGAACCUGAAUAA